UUUGUGUGUGUGUGGAGGGGGAAAACAUUGGGUAACGUGACUCAUACUGGAUCUGGUUUGGCAGGAUUUCUAAGAUGGAAGCAGAGAGGAGAGCCUAGAAAGGCUGAAAGCAAUAUAAUAGACUGACAAUAGCAGCCUGUAUACUGUUCAAUCGUUUUCUGUGAACUUCUGUGGAUCUACUUGGAUCGCCUAACUGUCUAGUUGUCUUCCCACCCAGGCACUGUUUACAGGGUGUUGGUGGAGAUAAGCAAGAGCUCGUCAGGCAGCAGCGAUGAACUGGUCCGGCCUGGAGAGCUUGAUCAGCGGGGUCAACAAGUACUCCACCGUGUUCGGCCGCUUGUGGCUGUCCAUGGUCUUUGUGUUUCGGGUCAUGGUCUUUGUGGUUGCAGCUCAAAGAGUUUGGGGUGACGAAAACAAAGAUUUUGUCUGUAAUACGAAACAGCCGGGCUGUACCAACGUGUGCUAUGACAGCAUCUUCCCCAUCUCCCACAUCCGUCUGUGGGCCCUGCAACUGAUCUUCGUCACCUGCCCGUCCCUCAUGGUGGUGGCCCACGUGAAGCUGCGUGAAGAAAAGGACCUUAAGUACACCGUACUGCACGAGGGCUCCCACCUGUACAGCAACCCGGGCAAGAAGAGGGGGGGGCUGUGGUGGACCUACCUGCUGAGUCUGGUCUUCAAGGCAGGCUUCGACGCCUCGUUUCUCUACGUUUUGUAUCGGAUAUACCACGGAUAUGACAUGCCCAGGUUGUCCAAGUGCUCCCUGGAUCCCUGCCCUAACACCGUGGACUGCUUCAUCAGCCGUCCCACAGAGAAGAAGAUCUUCACCCUGUUCAUGGUGGUCACCAGCGCCAUCUGCAUCUUGAUGUGCUUGUUUGAGAUGUUGUACCUCAUUGGCAAACGGAUUCAGAAAGCCCUCAGGGUUCAGAACUCCAUUAACAGGCUCCUAUUCGCCGAGCGGCACGAGAUCAAAAACCUGGUCCCGCCCAGAUCACAAACCCGCCGCCACUAUUCCCCUCAGAGCAAAAGUUUAAGCAAGAUGGACAAAGCCAAGGAGACCACGACAACCCUGUAGAGGACUCAAAAAACAUUGUCCUGCACUCCAUGAAAGUACAAUUAUAAUAAAGCAGCUACAGUUGAUGGACUGUAAGUCAAAUAUAUAUACUAGGAUUAGACAAUCCUAGUAAUCCUACAACAAAGAUAUGAUGGCCAAAUGAAUCAUACGGAUAGUUGUUAUGGGGAAAGGUGAUGGGACUGGUUUUUGACGUGUAUUCAUACUAUUUUAGACAACGAUGGAAGUUUAAUGCACUGAUGUUCAGCAUCUGUCGGCCAAUUGCAACCAAACACCAGCCCUGUUUUGACCUUGAAACCAACCAAAGACACCAACCCAAGACUGGAGGAGAAAUCAUGCAUUUCUAAAUGGAAAAAACACUGAAAAUUGAGUGGAGUUUCAACUUCCUGAUGGACCAAUGUGUAUUGGGGACAAUUCUCAACCUAAGGAAUACAAUAUAUCGCAAUCUAGGAGCCGUUUCACACCACAGCAUCCAUGCAAAAAAUAUAUAUAUAUGCCAGAAUACAUAAUUAGUCAUGUGUAUAAGAUAAAGUAAAAGAAUAUCAACAAUACCAAAGAAAAUAUAAAUUGUUAUAGUCAGUAUACACUUGGUAUGCAGCAGCAGUAGCUCAGGAGCUAGAGCGGGUCGGCUGGUAACCUGAAGGUUGUUGGUUCGAUCCCCGGCUCCUCCUAGCUGAGUGUCGAGGUGUCCUUGAGCAAGGCACCUAACCCUGACUGUUAGCUCACGUCCUGUGAGGACGUCAUCGAGGCAGGUGGGAUCAGUAACCCUCUCCUCGAAAUCUACUACUGAAGAAACUUACAAAUGAAUUUCAUCGCUAGAUCGACAAUUGGGCCGGUCCAGCAACACCCAACGGCUAGCCGUUAUAGGAGCAUAUAACUGUAACUGUAUUCAGAACGCAGGCAAACCAUCCUGACUCAUGCACCAUAAUAUUUUUGUUUGAUUUUGGGAGAGUAGGUGGGCAUACAUUUUUGUUAAAUAUCUAUUUUUCUUGGUAGUUUUGUUCAGUUUUUAAUUGUCCUUUCAAAUAACACAGGAGAUGCAUACGGUACAAUUCUUUGGAACCGGAUUUGAACUGUAAGGGAAUAACAUCAGUCAACCAACACCCAACAUGCUGCUCCCAUCGAAACAUUUAUUUUUGCCACACUUUACCAAAAGUUAUAAAUGAUUCUUCAAUAAUAACAAUAAUUCAUGAACUUAA